AUGAGUGGGAGCCUUUUUCUUCUAGUGCCACAAACGAUUGCACUCUUAGUCAGCUCUGCAACUUCAGCAGGUGUGAGCACAGUGUCCGCCAGCAGAGACCUGCUCUUUGAUGGCUUCACCGCUGACGACACUGUGCCAGAGCACCAUCACCUCGCUGGCCUCGUCUUGCGUCUCCAGCAUCAAGGGGCCUUGGCAGCCUUUGGGGUUGCCGAUGACGUUGCCGCCUUGCUCCGAGACUGUGUCGCGCUGUCUCACUGGUCCCUGUCGGGCUCCUCCAACGUCUUCCUGGCCUCCCGCGGCUCACGUCCUGGCGAUGGUCUUGCUGAUAUUUUGUUCGGGGCCCUUUUUGCCAUUGGAUUGCAACACAUACAGCGCGCCGCCGGGCAGCUCGGCAUCACACAUACUAGUGCCGGAGAUGAGGUUGGCUUGUCCCCCGGCGUUAAACCCAUUGGAUGGGCUGAUGACCUUGCUGUCAUGGCGGAUUUCGACUGCCCUGCUGAUCUGCAGGCUCAGCUCCCCAGGCUUGUUUGCGUCAUCCUCGAAACCCUUCGGCUCCUCCGUUUCCGUGUCAACCUUGGAGCGGGAAAAACUGAGGCUCUGGUCGAUAUUCGUGGUGAAGGGGCCCGAGCUGUCCGGGGUGCCCUCCUUGGUGGGGAGGCGCUUCUGCAGGUGUCUGACUCGGAUUGCAUCCGCCUGUGCCCGGAGUACAAAUACUUGGGAGUUGCGCAAUUGCCAUGUGAUACGGGCCGCAGAGACUGCGAACUUUCGGCGCAGCGGGGGUCGGCUGCAGCCUCGCUGGCCCGCACACUUCUCUGCAGCAAUUGCCUCCCGUGGGAGCUUAAACGUGCCUGGGUUGCGGGCAGGGUACUUCCAUCGGCGUACUCCUCCCUUGCCAUGUCCCUUGCGGAAUCAGGCAGAGCCACCGCUCCCCUUGCCGGCCUCUUUGAGCGUACGGCCCGCAUUCUCCUGUCUUCCUGGCAGAUGGGGCAUAAACUCACCACUCCGCUCCUGCGGCUCUUCGCUGAUGUCCCUCCGCCGGAUCUUGCGACCGUGAUCAGCCAGUGCCGGUUGUGUGUUCAACUGUUCUGCAAAGCACCGGCUGCAGUCCGUGACAUUGUUGAUGCUGCCUGGAAUCGGGCUCUUCCGUGGUGCCAGGCUUUGGUAUCAGCAUGCAUGCGUGUUGGUGUGUCCCUUGACACCUGGGACCCUGCUCAGCCGCCGUCUGUCACUGUUCUCUUUGUGCAGCGAUACGGGCGUGCCCUCCUCCGGGCUUGCAAAGCUUUGAGUAAGUUCGGUCACCGUUAUGUCGCCUGUGCUCAGCUUUGGGACGACCUCUCCGCUCGGAAAACCACGCAAGUGCUUGGUGUUCCUCAGUCCUAUCGCUGCCCGGUCUGCCAGGACAUCUUCCCGAGCCUCCAUGCCGUCCGGGCUCACCUUCAUCGGAGGCAUGGUGUCCUUUCUGACGUUACUGCGUAUAUGGCGGGUUCUGUCUGUCUCUGGUGUAUGCGGGACUUCCACUCCUCUGACCGACUGAAAUACCACCUGCAAACACAGCGCCCUUGUUUGCAUGGGCUACGUGUUACCGUCGGCCCUGUGUAUCAGUAUGGGUCUGGCACUAAGCGCAAGGGCCGUGCAGCCCAUAGAGGAGUUCCACCCCUGCGCCUCUGUGGCCCGUGCAAUGCCACACCUGCCCAGAGGAGGGCUGCGGAGCUUACCGUCCCGGUUGCCGAAGCGGACCUCCAGGCAGAGUGGGAUGCCGUCCAACACUCCCCAGCUCUGUCGGACUUGGUCCCUGGUAACUUGCAGCGGGCGUCCGCCCCUGAGACCCCGGCCGUUGCUUCUAGUGUUGCCCCGGUGUCCCUUGUUGCGAAUCCUGUGCUGUCUGUCACAGCCGUUUGUCCUGGGGAACCUUCUGGGUGCCCGCCGGAGCCCAGUCCGCCCGCUUGGUUCUCGCUUGUCGACGGCACCGCGUCCUGUGUCGACUGGGCGCUCCCCUCGCCAUGGUGGCCCGGGCUCCUCGUCCGCGGUGGGAUCUUUCACUUGCCAUCCUCAUGGCACCGCCUCUGGCCUCUCUGGUCCACUCUCGAAUCCCUUGCACCUUUGGAGCAUCGGGCCAUUCGUCAUUUUGGGGUCCUCCGUUCUGCUUCCUCUGGCGGCUUGGAGGCCCCCGUGUCUCUUGUUGAUGCCACGGCGAAUCGGUGGUCUCUGCUUGGCUUGGCAGCGGCCACGGUUUCGUUCCGUAUGGUUUGCAAAGCUGUCCACCGGCAUGGUGCCCUUUGGCUUUCUGGGCGCCCUAGUCGGCAGGGGCUUUCUCUGCUUCGGCAGCUCCUCCCUGCCGCCGUCUUCUUGGACUUCCGGUCCCCUGCUGGCCCUUUCUUCUUGGCUGCUAGCUCGGCCUCCUUGGCCUCCUCCGUGCGGUCUGCCGUCGUCGGUGCCUCAUGGUCCGCCCCGCCCUCGCGUUCUCUGCGAGCUUUCUGGGCGUACCCGGCCUCGGCGUGA